CAGGCAAGAUGGCCGUAGGGGUUUGCGAGACGACAAUAGUUGAGAAAAUUUUCUGUAUUGAAAGAGUUGUGCUGGCUAUAUUAUCAGAACGAUUUAUGCAUGUGUUAUUCGUAACUGUACAGUCAUCAAAUCCAAAUCUGCUCAUAGCCACUAGUUUUCCUCUUUGGGGGUUUUCCCUUCUCCUGCUUUUCAUUCUCAUCCGUAAUGCUGCCAUUCUCUUAUCCAUGCUCAUCACCAAACCUUUUGCUGCAAUCAGAAGAAAAAAAGAAACAGUAUAUCCAAGAGAACUUUGCUUCAUACUGCUCGAGAGAAUCGUGAUCUUCAAAUUAUUUAUGGAUUUCUUUCGAAAAGCAAAAGUUUCCGGAAGGGCCAGAGCGGAUGCUAUUUCCAUAGCUGCUAUUUUUGCAGCUUUCACUGUAACAUAUAUCGUCUACAUCUUUAUUUACAAAAAAGAAAAGAAAGAAGACAACAAAGUAAUAGUAGAGAAAUUGGAGGGGAGCGACCAUGAUGAUGAUGACUACUACUGUUGGAUAAGCUUCGAUAAAUUAGAAAGAAUUAGUGAAGAAAAUGGAAAAUCAGGACAACAAAGAUCUUCAGAAGAUGGGGAUAACAGGUGGAGAAAUUGAGAGAAAAAUGUACAUGGAAGAUCGUGGAGAUGCUGCAGAUCGAUCAUCAGCGAUGUAUAUGCACAUUCUUAUAGUUUUACGUGUUUUCUUGUACUAGUCUCCUAGAUAAUUCACUAUUAGGAUAUUAUUUGUUACUCUAGCCACUAGAAAAACUAGUUAAAUGUUAGUUAGCAUGCUUAAUCAUAAUUUAUUUCG